UACACAAUGGCACCGGCAUACAAGCUGACAUACUUCCCGGUGAAAGCUUUGGCCGAACCGAUCCGCCUAUUAAUGAGCUACGGAAAGCUCGAAUUUGAAGAUUUCCGCUUUGAUAGGGAUGACUGGCCCCAAAUUAAACCGACAAUGCCGUUCGGUCAGGUUCCGGUGCUGGAAUUUAAGGGCGUCGAAGCACACCAAAGUAUCGCCAUUUGUCGUUACCUGGCGAAACAGGUAAAACUGACGGGGGCCAACGACAUCGAGGACUUGGAAAUCGAUGCGGUGGUUGAUACCGUAAUGGAUUUGAAAGCAAAAAUUGCCGAGUAGUUCUACGAAACAGGUGCGGCGGUUAAAGAAGAACGUAGAAAGCAGCUUUUCGAGGAGACUCUCCCGUUCUAUAUGAAACGCAUGGAGUCAUUCACUAAGAAGAACAAGGGCCACCUUGCGGCGGGAAAGCUAACGUGGGCCGAUCUGCACUUUGUUGGCAUUAUGGAUUACUUAAACUUUAUGAUCGAAAGGGAUCUGAUAGCGGACUACUCAGGCCUUAAGGCCAUGCAGAAAACUGUUUUGAAUCUUCCUGGAAUUAAGGAAUGGGUGGCUAAACGUCCCGUCACAGAAUUUUAAUUAUACCAAAAAUGAAAUAAAGCUAUUGUGGAUGUGCUUGUAAACAACCAGUUAUUGUUAAAAUUAAACAACUGUUGCGUC